AUGUCUCGUCAACCUAGCCAAAACCAUACCUCAUCGACUGCAACAUCCUUCUGUCAAGCAAUUUACUUUUACUAUACUUGCGGUUGUCGCAAACCCGAGCCCGUCUUCUGCUGCCAACCACCGGUCAACUCACCAACCAAGGCGGGGAAUCCAUGCCGGCACGAGCAGCCGGCUUUAGUUGUCGCGAAGCUCCCCCGAGCAUGUGGCAAACUGCUUGGUAGCUCAGCAGCGUGUGGUGCCGAGGAUCCUAGUGCUAAGAGAUUCGUACGCGAAGUGGAUACAUCGGAAAGGUUGGAGCUUGCUGUGUCUAAAGGAUUGAAACAGGAUAUGGUGUCUGACGCCCUUCCCGAAAAAGUCGAGGGCACAUUUACCAUUGACGAGGUCAUUUCGAAGUCGCGGCAGAAAUUUAGAUCAUUUCUAUCUGCAACGGCUGCUCCAUUUGUUCCACAGCUUGGAGCAUUCAUGGCGAGUGCUGCGAUCCCAGCGGUCGCCGAUGGUGAAUCCCACCAGACCACCGAAGGUGUUAUGGAAGAUAAUACUAUCGCGGGAGUGAGCAGAGUAACGGCAGCAGUAUGCCAAGCAGAGGAGAUUAAAUGCAGGGACUUUGCUACUGAGAUGGAUGCCAACAAAGCUAGCCGAUCUGCGAAAAUCGAGGAUAGUCAGGACAAUCAGGACGAUCGUGAGGAACUCUAUGAGAUCGAGUUAAGUCACCCUGAUAUAUUUCCCACGAUUGCUGACGAAAGCCCCGAUGAGGGAGCCCCAGGCAUAGAUGACACAACCCAAGAGGAGAGUGUCGGUUCGUCUAUAGAGCCUCGAAAAUCCUACGAAGAGCUGGUGACUUACUGGGCUAUUGACAACAGUAAGGAAAAACUCAAACCAUCAAGGACAUGUUAUUGGGCCGUAGCGACGCUGUUCUCUAACUUCAUACGGCGGAAUUGA